GGGCAGGCACCGCCGGGCCCCGAGCAGCCCAGCAAAUGCUGCUCCGUGAAGAAAAUGUUUGGAAGCUUUGUGAAUACAUCCAAAGCCAGGAUCAGUAUCAAUUAGAAGAAUUUUAUGUUAUUUUCAUAUCCAACGACAGAAAGAUGAUACCACUUUGGAAGCAGAGAUCAGGAUGUGGAGAUAAACCUGUAGUUUGGGAUUACCAUGUUAUUUUACUUCAUGAUUCCAGUGGAGACCAAAACUUCAUUUAUGACCUUGACACAGUGUUGCCAUUUCCGUGUCUGUUUGAUACUUACAUUGAAGAGGCUUUUAAAUCAGACGAUGAUAUUUAUCCGGAAUAUCGCAGAAAAAUCAGGGCAGUUCGAGCAGAUGUUUAUCUGAAGACGUUUGCUUCUGACCGCUCUCACAUGAAAGACAGCAGCGGAAAGUGGCUGAAGCCUCCUCCCUCUUACCCUUGCAUUGAAACGGCAGAUGCCAAAAUGAACCUGGAUGAUUUUAUCAGUAUGGAUCCCACUGUGGGAUGGGGCUCUGUGUUUCUGCUACCUGACUUCGUGCAUCAUUUUAGCAGACGAAAGGAGACAAAAGGACAGUGACCUCAGUAAAUGAUCUCUCCUAACAUACAUUUUUUUUGAACAAGAGUUGAAGCUUACAUAAUGGAUCAAACCAAAAUCAAUUCUAUAUCUGUACGACUCCAUAAGCAUAUCGUUACUGUCUUCUAUUCUUCAAGUGCCCAAAACUGUGCUAAACGUUUAAACCAACAGAUUACUUAAAGAAACCUUUUAGAAAGUACAUUUAUAAACUACCAAACGGUGUAGUUGGACUUGCUGAAUUACUGUCACACUAUUUUAGAGGAAAUAUAUGGGAUACUUGCUUUAAGUGAUAAUUAUAUCAUUAGCAAUUAUUGAAGUGAUCUGAUUAUAAGUUAGUUUUCUGUUUCUUGGAGGACUGUGGCAUCCUGGUUGAGAAUCACUAGUCUGGAAGGCCUAGGUGCCUAACUCUGGGUUUUGGAUUGUGAAUCUACUCCAAGUGCCAGAAAGUCUAAUUUGUAGGCUCUUAAAUCCCUUUUUAGAUUUGGUUCAGCAUUAUAACGCUUAACUUUUGGGUACUAACCUCCAGGCUAGAAUCCACAGUACUGAGGGAGGUACCCCACCUCCCCAUAUAACACAUGCAAAGAGUAAGGUGCUUAAGAUUUGUGAAUUCUGCAAAUCAACAUUAGAUAAUACAGUAAUCUUUGGUUCCCAGAGCAGAGCACGGACUCUAUAGAUCAGUGGUUAAGCAACUUUCCAAGGUCAUGGGAGAAUCAAAUUCUAGUUCAAGCUCCAAUUAAUAUUUGCAUGGAGUGGAACACUUGUGCUGAGCCCCAGAAUUCCUGAUAGCUCGGGGGUCAUGAAACUUUCUCCCUGCAGCUGCUUCGGCCCUGUGGCAGGGUGCUGCCUGGGUUGGGGGCUGCAGUGGAAAGGGUCUGGUCUCGUUGUCCAUGCAGCAGCUCCAGCCCUGUGGUACACUGCUGCCUAGCCAGGGGGGUAUGGGAAAGGGAUGCUGGGUUUCCCCUGCGAGCCACUGCUGACAGUCACCAGCUGGUGGGGCAGGGUGGGCUGGGGAGAAGGGCCAUUCUGAUAGCCUCCUGGGAGGCAUGCGGGAGUGCAGGCAGGCUCCAAGCUUCCCCCACUGAACAGCAAACAUCUGUUUGAUUCACUCAUGCUCUAACUUAUAGCACUUUAAAGCAUGAUACUUAAGAGUGCUUCCUCUAGGGUUUUUUUGAAUGUUUGUAUUUAGCCUAAGAUGAUGCCAAAUGUCUGCAUAAACAUCUGUGCCUAUUCUCCAAGGUGCGGGCCGGGGAGCAGUAACCUUGAAAGAUGUCAGUACCUGUGCACCCUACAAUUUUCUCUGCGAAAUCCAAGCACCUCAGAGAGAAGUAGCUUUCCAGUGCAGACUGGCUACAAGUAUUAAAGGAAAACUCUGUGCCUUUACUCACCCAGGAGAACACCUUGUGCCAUAGGUAGUUCCACUGGAAUCACGGAAACAACUUGCAUAGUAAGGUGCUACUCCCCAUGAGUAAGUAGCAGAACUAGGCUCUAAGCACUCAGCCCCUUAAACCUUUCCUUGGGCUCAUCUACACAUGCACAUCUACUGCACAGUAACCAAAAUUACUGC